AUGUCCCAGAGCCUCCGUCCGUACCUCCAAUGCGUGCGCUCGUCUCUGACCGCCGCUCUGUCCCUGAGCAACUUUGCCUCGCAGGCGUCUGAGCGACAUAAUGUCCCCGAGAUCGAAGCCGCGUCAUCCCCUGAAGUCCUGCUUAACCCGUUGACAGUCGCCCGCAACGAGAAUGAAAAGGUGUUCAUUGAGCCUUCUGUCAAUAGUGUACGAGUCAGCAUUCGCAUUAAACAGGCCGAUGAGAUCGAACACAUCCUGGUCCAUAAAUUCACGAGAUUCUUGACCCAAAGAGCAGAGAGCUUCUUCAUUCUACGGAGGAAGCCGGUCAAGGGUUACGAUAUCUCAUUCUUGAUCACGAACACACAUACUGAGGAGAUGCUGAAGCACAAACUCGUCGACUUUAUCAUCCAGUUCAUGGAGGAAGUGGAUAAGGAGAUCUCGGAGAUGAAGCUUUUCUUGAAUGCCAGAGCCAGAUUCGUGGCUGAGUCAUUCUUGACACCGUUUGACUGA